AUGCUGCAGCAGUCUUCGCCGGUCCUCCCGUGCCUGUCCCGAGAGUGUCUCGGUGUGUACGCACAGAGCGCGCUGUUCCCGGCGAUCCGGAGGUCAGCGCCGCUUCUUGUUCCCUAUGCGUUUCUCGAAAAUAUCGGCGGCGCGAAGCAGCUGAGCCGGGCCGCGUACCUCGUCCAGCUCGACGAGCCGACCUACGACCAGGUCAUUGACCUGCUGAACGCGGGCGCCGAGGCGCUCGUCGUGCCUGCCUCUAGCCCUGUGCUGGGCGAGCUCGAGGAGAGCGUGCGCGCGUCGCGCAUCGUGCUCGCCGUCCAGGAGGACGGCGCGGCGCCGUCGACAAAGGAGGCCGCGGGUGUCCUUGUGCAGUGCGCCGGCGCGCCGGGCCCUGCGUCUGCGCUGCGCUUCCUCGAGGCGAUGCAGACCAAGACGAACGGCAAGCCGGUGUACCUCUCGUCCUCCGCGCCGGUCUCGAUCGAGGAGGUCAAGUCGGUGCACAGCACCGGCGCGACGCUCGUCGUGCCCACCGCGCAGAUCUCGAUGAACGGCUCGGGCCUCGACUAUGUGGACGUGCUGCUUGCGACGUUCACAUCUGACCGCGAGGACGGCCUGUUUCCCACGGUCGUCGUCUCCGACGCGCUCUCCACCUCGCUGGGUCUGGUGUACUCGUCGGCAGAGAGCGUGCGUGCCUCGCUCAAGACCGGUUCGGCGCACUACCAGUCGCGCAAGCGCGGCCUGUGGCACAAGGGCGCGACGAGCGGCGCGACGCAGCAGGUCGUGCGCAUCGUCCUCGACUGCGACCAGGACGCCAUCGAGUUCCGUGUCGAGCAGCAGGCGGGCGACCAGUCGCUCGGUUUCUGCCACCUGACCGACCGCGAGUCGUGCUUCGGCUCGGUGCGUGGCCUGGCGAAGCUCGAGCAGACGCUGCGUGCGCGCAAGGCCAACGCGCCGGAAGGCUCGUACACCGCCCGCCUCUUUAACGACAAUGCGCUGCUCGGCGCCAAGAUCCGCGAGGAGGCGCAGGAGCUCGUUGACGCGACCGACGCGGAGCACGUCGCGUUCGAGGCUGCAGACCUCGUCUACUUUGCGCUCGCCAAGUGCAUCCAGGCCGGCGUCGGCCUCGCCGACAUUGAGCGCAGCCUCGAUGCGAAGAGCAAAAAGGUGACGCGCCGCAAGGGCGAUGCCAAGCCGCAGUACGCCGCGGAGCCCGCGAAGCCCGCGGCGAAGCCCGCGGCUGCGGCGUCUGCGCCGGCCCCCAAGUCUGUCGAUGCCGACGCGCCGAUCAAGCUGCCGAGCUACCUGCUGAGCGAGACGACGCCGGAGCAGCAGAUUGAGCUUCUGCGCCGCCCGGGAAUCCGCACGAACGAGGUGCUGGAGCGUGUGCGCCCGAUCAUGGCCGCCGUCAAGGAGCGUGGCGACGCUGCGCUCCUCGAAUACACCGCGCAGCUCGACCGCGUGCAGCUCAAGAGCAGCGUGCGUCUGCCGCCCUACCAGACCGAUGCGGAGCGCGGCGAGAUGAAGUCCGAGGUGCGCGAGGCGAUCGACGUCGCCUAUGGCAACAUUCUGCGCUUCCACCAGGCGCAGGGCCACGUUGCGCCGGAAGUGGCGCCGCAGCCCGGUGCGCCAAGCGCGCGCUGGGUGCCGGACACCGAGGCGCGCGAAGUGAUGGAGGUCGAGACGAUGCCUGGUGUUGUCUGCACGCGUUUCCCCCGCGCGAUUGAGCGCGUGGGUGUGUACGUGCCAGGCGGCAGCGCGGUGCUGCCCUCGACGGCACUGAUGCUCGGUGUGCCUGCGCAAGUCGCGGGGUGCAAGACGAUUGUGCUUGCGACGCCGCCGCGCGCCGACGGCAGCAUUGCGCCCGAGGUGCUCUAUGUCGCCGACAAGAUCAAGGCGUCGUGCAUCGUGUGCGCCGGUGGCGCGCAAGCGGUCGCCGCGAUGGCGUACGGCACCGAGAGCGUGCCCAAGGUCGACAAGAUCGCGGGCCCCGGUAACCAGUACGUGACGGCUGCCAAGAUGCUGGUGCAGAACGAGGUCGAUGCGCAGGUGUCGAUCGACAUGCCCGCCGGCCCGUCCGAGGUGCUGGUGGUCGCGGACGACGAGGCGGAGCCCGCGUUUGUCGCGUCCGACCUCUUGUCGCAGGCCGAGCAUGGCCCCGACUCGCAGGUGGUGCUGGUUGGCAUCUCGCUGUCGCCCGCCAAGCUUGCGGCGAUCGAAGAGGCGGUCGACACGCAGGCGCGUGCGCUGCCGCGUGUCGACGUCGUGCGCCAGGCGAUCGACAAGAGUGUCACGAUCCUCGUUUCGACGCGCGAGGAGGCGAUCGGCUGGAGCAACCGCUACGCGCCGGAGCACCUCAUCCUGCACACCGCCGAGCCCGAGGCGCUCGUGCCGCUGGUGCAGAACGCGGGCAGUGUAUUUGUCGGCGCGUGGAGCCCAGAGAGCUGCGGCGACUACGCCUCGGGCACGAACCACACCCUGCCGACAUACGGCUAUGCGCGGCAGUACUCGGGCGUCUCGACGUCCACCUUCCAGAAGCACAUCACCGCGCAGAUGCUCGAUGCGGCCGGCCUCGAGAAGCUCGGGCCGCACGUCGUUGCGCUCGCCGAGUGCGAGGGCCUCGAGGCCCACGCGAAUGCCGUGCGUGUCCGCCUGCAAUACCUUGCGCAGCGUAGCCAAAAGUAG